AUGUGGGAAGAGUCCACGCGGGGCCAGGACGGACAGCUGGACAUGCCGGCCCGGUCAACAAAGGAGCGCGAAGGAGGGACGGACGAGAAGACGUCGAGGGGGGGUGCCGCGGAUAAGAUCAGGUGCCUCGACGGCCUCCGCGGGGUGGCCUGCCUCCUCGUCUUCAACUACCACUUCCUGUGGCCGUGGACGCCGGCCAUCAUGCUCGGCUACGGCGCCAUGCCCCCCGGGUCGCCCGAGCCGUACUUUGAGCGGUCAUCCCUGCCCAUCCUCUGCCUCCUGCAACGCGGACGCCCGAUGGUCGCCAUCUUCUUCGCCAUCUCGGGCUACGUCCUGUGUCGGCACAUCCUGCGGGCCAUCCACGAGCGCCGUCUCGAGGCCGCCUACCAGGGCCUCGCGUCGUCCGUCUUCCGCCGCGUGUUCCGCCUGUACAUCCCUCCCACCAUCAGCAUGUUCCUAGUGGCGCUGCUCGCCCAGAUGGGCGCCUUCCGAUCCGAGGACGACAUCUACAAGGGACCCGACUCAAGGUAUAUCAACGGCACGGUGACGGUGGCCCAGCUCAACGUGAACGGCACGCGGUGCGUCAACGGCACACGCGCCGUCAAGGGAGCCUCCGGCGUCGCCGACUACCUGAGGCUGCAGACCCCGGCCUUCCUGGGCAACGUCACGACCAACGAGACGAGCACGCUCUGCCUGAACGCCACGUCGCAGCUGUUCAUGCCGGCGAUGCUGUACAUGCUGGCCGACGACAUCGAGGCCAAGGCCAAGGCGGCGAACGAGACCAGGGCAAGAGGGCUGAACGGGACGAUGAUCAACGUCACGAUGGAGGACACCACCACCACCACCACCACCAGUCACGAGGGGGACAAGGCCAAGGCCAAGGCCGAGAAGCCCAAGCCGUCCUACCACGACCUCCUCCACCUGCAUAUGAGGCCCGCUGCGGCCCUCUCAGGCGACGACGACGACGACGACGCCAACGGCCGGGCGAACGCCACGCGCAGCCCCACGAACUUCACGUGGGUGCAGCUCGGCGGCUCGUGGGAAGAGCACCCCUUCAUCCACGACAACAUGACGUACGCCCUGAAGAACUUCACGCGGGCCUACGUUGAGUGGGCGAACCCCUUCAACUUCGGCCACUACCACACCCGCUACGACCCGCACACCUUCACGAUCCCCAUGGAGCUGCGCGGCUCCAUGUUCAUCUACCUCUUCCUCCUGGCCACCGCCGCCCUGCGGGCCAAGUGGCGCUUCCGCGUCGGCGCCCUCCUCUCGGCGUACAGCCUCGUCCUGGGCCGCUGGGACAUGGCCACCUUCAUGGGAGGCGUGCUGCUUUCCGAGGCGGACAUCAGGCGGGCCGACAGUAACGGCGGUGGAGCAGGAGGAGGCGGAGGAGGAGGAGGGGGCCUGUUGCCACCGGCGACGAGCAGCAAAAAGAGCCGUCACCGCGCCGGCCUGGGCCAGUCGGCGCUCGGCUCGCGGACCACCCGCUGGGCGGCGCUCGUCGUCGCGCUCUACCUCCUCUCGUACCCGGACGCCGGCGCCGAGUGGACGCCGGGCUUCGUCGUCCUCUCCUCGCUCGUGCCGCGGUACUACGCGCCGCUGUCCGGCUGGAUGUUCUACCAGGCGGCGGGCGCGCUGCUGCUGCUCCCCUGCGUGCUGCACAGCCCGACCCUCCGCGGCGCGCUCGAGGGGCGGGCGGCGCAGUACCUCGGCCGGGUCAGCUUCUCCUUCUACCUCGUCCACGGGCCCGUCCUGCACAGCCUGGGCUUCUGGAUCAUGCCGCGCCUGUUCGAGCGCCUCGGCCGCAACACCGGCUUCGUGGUGGGCUGGGUCGUCUUGCUGGGCGUCUCGCUGUACCUGUCGGACUGGUGGUGUAGGAAGGUCGACGUAUGGAGCGCGACUGUCGGGAGGAGGGUCGAGAAGAUGAUGAAGGACUGA